AUGCCUUUGUUACAUCUAAACAGAUAUUUAAUGGCCAGAUGUGCAAACGGCUUCACAGAGGAAAAGUACAUCAAGUUCCAGGACUGCCUUUCAGAGACAGAGGUAAACAUGGAUCUGAGGCACAGAGUGUGUGAAAGCACUACUAGACAAGAGAAGAUAGAUGAUGAAGGGAUCAUCUGUUGCAUGGAUGAGAAAAUACCUGCCAUUUCCAUAAGAAUAUAUGCAGGUCCUUCUGUUAAUAAUUUACAUAAGCACCAUGAGUUUCAAUCCCUAAGUUUCAGCGGCAAGGAAGGUGGGAGAGAGGCGGCCAUCGCUGUUCAACCACCGAGCUGUCAAAAGUUCACAAAUGAACCUCACCUCGCCGCUUCCAAAGAAACUGGAGCAGCAGCUCGAUCCGCUCCUAAACUUAUGUCCCCUUCAGAUUUCCUGGAUAAAUUGAUGGGAAGGACAUCAGGAUACGAUGCCAGAAUCAGGCCCAAUUUUAAAGGUCCACCAGUGAACGUGAGCUGCAAUAUUUUUAUCAACAGCUUUGGUUCUAUUGCAGAAACAACAAUGGAUUACAGAGUGAAUAUUUUCUUACGGCAGCAGUGGAAUGAUCCCAGGCUGGCAUACAAUGAAUAUCCAGAUGAUGCCCUAGAUUUGGACCCAUCCAUGUUGGAUUCCAUCUGGAAACCAGAUCUGUUCUUUGCUAAUGAGAAAGGGGCUCACUUUCAUGAGAUUACAACAGAUAAUAAACUCCUGCGGAUCUCCAAAAAUGGCAAUGUCCUAUACAGUAUCAGAAUCACCCUGACCCUGGCUUGCCCCAUGGAUCUAAAGAACUUUCCUAUGGAUGUCCAGACGUGUAUUAUGCAACUAGAGAGCUUUGGUUAUACAAUGAAUGAUCUGAUAUUUGAGUGGCAAGAGAAAGGAGCGGUGCAGAUUGCUGAGGGAUUAACCCUACCUCAGUUCAUCCUGAAGGAAGAAAAGGACUUGCGCUAUUGCACAAAACAUUACAACACAGGCAAAUUUACCUGCAUAGAAGCCCGUUUCCAUCUGGAGAGACAGAUGGGUUACUACUUGAUCCAGAUGUAUAUACCCAGCCUGCUGAUUGUAAUACUUUCCUGGAUCUCUUUCUGGAUCAACAUGGAUGCUGCACCUGCCCGAGUCGGUCUGGGUAUCACUACAGUUCUCACAAUGACUACACAGAGUUCUGGUUCUCGAGCAUCCUUGCCCAAGGUGUCCUAUGUUAAAGCCAUUGACAUCUGGAUGGCUGUGUGCCUGCUGUUUGUGUUUUCAGCUCUUUUGGAGUAUGCUGCUGUUAACUUUGUGUCCCGGCAGCACAAAGAACUACUCAGGUUCAGAAGAAAAAGGAGGCACCACAAGGAGGAUGACACUGGAGAAGGCAGGUUCAAUUUUUCUGCCUAUGGGAUGGGACCUGCCUGCCUGCAAGCCAAGGAUGGCAUCUCAGUCAAAGGAGCCAACAACAACAAUACAGCCAACCCAGCACCACCCCCUUCCAAAUCUCCUGAGGAGAUGCGCAAGCUUUUCAUCCAGCGAGCCAAGAAAAUAGACAAGAUCUCACGAAUUGGCUUCCCCAUGGCUUUCCUCAUCUUCAACAUUUUCUACUGGAUCAUCUACAAGAUUGUCCGAAGGGAAGAUGUACACAAGCCAUGA